AUGCGGGGCACCGACAAGGGUAAACAUGCUUCAUUUGAAGGGAGGGGAAGCAUUGCUUAGUGGUUAGAGCACCCCUUUGAACUGGCGCCCCCCGACCUCCCCUCAGGCUGGUACAUGAGCAUCUCGGAGCAGUGAGCCAAGCCGCCUGCCACCCCCGCCCAACUCCGCUCCCUGACCCUGAGCAACGCGGCCUCAGCCUGUGAGCACCAUGCCUGCUACAGCAUGGCCAAGACAGGUAAGCUUGGGGCGCUUGCGGUCAGAAAUCCAACAGGUGCAGAGCCACAUACUCAGCCUUUUCCCCUGUGUGGUGGAGGAAAUGCCGCCUGGCACAGUUCUUGUAAUUCCAUAUCAAUAUCACAUAUUACGUUUCUAAACUGCAGGAUGUAUCGUAUCAGAUAAUUAUUAUUUAUUGAUUUCCAGACCACUGACCCACCUGGUAGGGUCGGCGUAAAGAAAUACCAUCCUGAUCAUUCUUAUCAUGACAUUUACUGAUGCCCUGCUUCCCGUCCCCCAUUGGGGACUGAUAAAAAUGAGAGCGGCUGAGACCAGAUGGCAAUCCACAAUCCUCGCAGGGGUCAGACUGGAUGACCCCCAGGUACCUCACCCCUCCGCCCUUCCCCUGCAGGACUCAACAGGAGCUUCACAUUAGAGCUGAGCCACGGCAGCCACGUUGUCCCCCGGUGGCGAAGUCCCGCCUCGUCCUCUGGCGCCUGGUGCCCCCUGCUGGCCUACACUGGAAGAGUCCUUGGCGCUUUCCAGGUGGGUCUUGUGCUCCUUGCCCCCCCCACCCCACCCGGCUCCUUCUCUGGAGCAUGUCAAGAGCACUGCCUCCCCCUCCACAGGUGAUCUUCUCCUCGUUGGCGAGUGUGGCACUGGACAAUGUGCAGUUCAGGAACUGUGGCCCCCAAAGUAAGGCUUUCUUUUCCGCCUUUUUCGUUUCCUUUCCAUCUCUUCCGCAAAACAAAGCCUUUGGUUAAUAAUUUUGUUUCCACACAGUUUAUUUUCCCAUCUCACUUGCUAUCAAUCAUUGUGGCGGUUCUUCUUGGGGGGGGUUGUUAGGUAAAUCAUAUUGAAAAAGAGAAAAGUCCCCCCCCCUUUCUGAUCCGUUUCAACAUACCUGUCAGGGCUGCCCUGACAAUACCAUUCAAGGCACCCCAGGGUGCCACGCUACACUGGUUCAAAACCACUUAUCUAAGCACUCAGGGACAGAGGCGGAGGUAGCUGUCCCGGCACCCGAAACGGCACACAUGCUGUGCACCUGGAGGCGGGGCUAGCUGUCCGCGGGGGCAGGGCAAGCAUCCCAGGGGGCGGGGCAGUGAUGACCUGGGGUGAGCUGCACCCACUGCACCCCCUUCCUCCGCCAGUGCUCAGGGAAGAACCAGACAAUUUCCCUGCUGCUGCUGCUGCUCACAGAACAGAUGGGCCUUUGUCCUGGAGUCUGGCACAGGCUAGGAAAGGAGGGGUCAUUAAGCGUGACAAGGGCCCUUUGACCCUCGCCUGGUGAAAGCAAACAUGUUUUGCUUCGUGUCCUGGGCUCCAGGGCAAAUGCCAGUGGGAGAGACCGGAAUUUAGGUUUGAGCCACCCCAGAGCUGCGAACUGCAAAGCCCAAAGAUUCAGUCUGGUUUAAUCUUCCUCCUGAGUUUGCCAGCUGUUGCCCUCAGUGCCUUUGCAACCACUGCCUGUGGGCCUCAGCUCCACAGCAGCUAGAGUGGGACAAAGUCUUCCACCUGGGCCUGAGACCCUUGUGGGGCUAUGGGAGAGCCGUGGCAUUCUUAGUCAUUUCAUUGCCUUUCUAUCCCAUUGUAUCUUUUUCUCCAGGGAGCUCAAGGUGGCACAGAGAGUUCUCCUCAUUUAAACCCCACAAAAACCCUGUGAGGUACGUUAGGCUGAGAGGCAGUGACUGGCAAGCAUCAUGGCUGAGUGGAGAUUUGAACCCUGCUCUCCCAGGUCCGACACUCCGUCCAGUACAUCUCCCUCCCUCCUCUCUCUUGGUGCCCUUCCAACAGAGCCUCUCUGGCCUUGCUUGCCAUGCAGCUAUCAACCAGGGGCAUGUUCCCUCCUCCUGGUGAGCCAGGAGUGAUGCAAUCACCUGACUGUGCCCUUCAGGAGAUAGAGGGGGAGCCCUGCCUCCCCGCCCCCCAUAAGCGAGGAAUCUCUGCUCUGGAGCAAUGAGCAGCUUGAAUUUUAACUGCCUGGAUUAAUCAUUACAGCAGAGGCCUGA